AUGACGAUAUUUUAAUAGUAGUUAUUAUUAACUCCUGGUGUUAAUUGGAAACAUUCUUCUUUCUUGAUAUUUUCUUGUUCACUGCAAUCUUCAACUAAAAAUUUAUUGAUUAAAUUCUUACUACAAUUAUUUACAACAGUAUUAUUAUUAUUAUUGUUUUCUUUUUCAUAUUAACUAUCAGAGUAGGAUUAGUGGAGCGAGAGUCUUUCUAGCAACAAAGCCAUAUCAGAGAGAAUUCCAGUUGACUAGAACUACUCAAUAUUCUUUUUGCUAAUUUAGUAUCUGCUGAUGUUCUCGAAAAUAAUGGGCUUUACAAUUAGAGUUAUGUUUUGUUUGAUUUGGAUUAAGCUUUGGAGUUAAUCAUUAUUCAUAAGCUGUCUCUUAAUCUUGUUUAGGGGAUCUCUGAACUGUAACUCGAAGUAAGGAGGCAAGUUUUCAAAGUUCUUCAUGAUGAAGUUGUAGAUUUUAUUCAAUUGGAUGUUUUAGUUGUCAUUGAAUUUGCGAAUUUAUUUGUUGAAUUGA